GUGUGUGUGCGUGCACGGGGCGCUCUUUUUUCACAGGUCCCUUACCAGGAUGCGAGAAUCUGAACUGGGCCCCAGGACUGGGUGGGGGCGAUCGUCCCAGCCCCCACUCCCAACCUAGGGCCGGCGCGGUCGGGUUUUCCUCCGGCAGGCGGCGGGCUGACGGCUGCAGGGCGCGCUAGGCACGUGAGGCGGCAGCGCCGGCGCCAGCUGCAGAGGUGCAGCCCUGGCCGCCCGGCUCGCCUUCAGCAGGGGUUGCCCGUGCCGCUGGACCGCCGAGACUGCCCUCCCGGUUCCGGGGCUCGCGGCCUGCCCACCGCCCUCCGCUACGGCGGCCCCAGCCCACUCCUGCCCCUCCGUGCGUCCCCGCGCCACCCCUGCCAGGACCGUGAAUCCCUCUGGUUCCGGCGGCGGUGUUGGUCGUUUCGGAAGCGGGUGCGCUCGACAGCGGGCCGGGCAGCGGGCUCAGAGGCUGCCUUCGGCUCCUGCAGCUCCGCCGGUCGCCACUGGGGGCUGCCGCGCCAGAGAGCUCGGCGGGGACGGUGCGCACGGCCGCCGGGUUCCUGGGCGCCUCUGGCCGCUGGGCUUUCUCCACGGCUGGCCCUGUGCUGUCUCCGCAGCCCGCCCGACUCCCUCCCAGAUUGGAGCGUGUGAUCCGUGUGUGUGUGUGUGUGUGUGUGUGUGUGUGUGUGUGUGUGUGUUUGUGUGUGUCUGGAGGGGAGAGAGAAACCGGGUACGCGCGUAUGCGCGCGCGCGUGGGGAGCAGUGUGCAUGCGGGGAGUACGGGGGAGUGUGUUUGUGUGUGCGUGUGGGUGUGAGUGCCUGGCUCCCUCUCGCUGAGACACACAUACACUCACACAUACACAACCCGCAGGCUCGUCUGAACUUGAAGACACCCCACAUUCCAAGAUGCCCGAGGUUCCUGGGAAUGCCUGGGGUUCUUCGAUCCGGAAAAUCCUACCGGCAUCCUCCUAGGGAGAGAUUAUUAUUAUUAUUAUUUUCUUUAAUCUGGAAGAGAAGAGAGCAAGUUGUGCUUUUCCCCCCUUCUUCUUGCUAAAUGCCAUGGAUAUAACUGAAUAAGCGGCUCAGGGCUCUCCCCGCGUGGACGUCCGAGGCCACCAUCUGCCUGCGUUCGCCGGAGCCGCCGGAGCCGCCGGAGGGUUUAGCUCGAGUCUGUCUCGGGCGGGGAAGGAUGCGUGGCCGAGCAGGGGAGCCCGGGCGCCCCGCGGAGCCGGCCUCGGUGCCUCCCAGCCGGGGGUAGAUGCUGCCUCGCCCAGGCACCGUGGCCUGAGUGACCAGACCAUGGAGACCCUGCUUGGUGGCCUGCUGGCGUUUGGCAUGGCGUUUGCCGUGGUCGACGCCUGCCCCAAGUACUGUGUCUGCCAGAACCUGUCUGAGUCACUGGGGACCCUGUGCCCCUCCAAGGGGCUGCUUUUUGUACCCCCUGAUAUUGACCGGCGGACAGUGGAGCUGCGUCUGGGUGGCAACUUCAUCAUCCACAUCAGCCGCCAGGACUUUGCCAACAUGACUGGGCUGGUGGACCUGACCCUGUCCAGGAACACCAUCAGCCACAUCCAGCCCUUUUCCUUUCUGGACCUCGAGAGCCUCCGCUCCCUGCAUCUCGACAGCAAUCGGCUGCCAAGCCUUGGGGAGGACACCCUCCGGGGCCUGGUCAACCUGCAGCACCUUAUUGUGAACAACAACCAGCUGGGUGGCAUUGCAGAUGAGGCUUUUGAGGACUUCCUGCUGACGCUGGAGGACCUGGACCUCUCCUACAACAACCUCCAUGGCCUGCCGUGGGACUCCGUGCGGCGCAUGGUCAACCUCCACCAGCUGAGCCUGGACCACAACCUGCUGGACCACAUCGCUGAGGGCACCUUUGCAGACCUGCAGAAACUGGCCCGCCUGGAUCUCACCUCCAACCGGCUGCAGAAGCUGCCCCCUGAUCCCAUCUUUGCCCGCUCCCAGGCUUCGGCUUUGACAGCCACACCCUUUGCCCCACCCUUGUCCUUUAGUUUUGGGGGUAACCCACUUCACUGCAACUGUGAGCUUCUCUGGCUGCGGAGGCUCGAGCGAGACGACGACCUGGAAACCUGUGGCUCCCCUGGGGGCCUCAAGGGUCGCUACUUCUGGCACGUGCGUGAGGAGGAGUUUGUGUGCGAGCCGCCUCUCAUCACCCAGCACACACACAAGCUGCUGGUUCUGGAGGGCCAGGCGGCCACACUCAAGUGCAAAGCCAUCGGGGACCCCAGCCCCCUUAUCCACUGGGUAGCCCCUGAUGACCGCCUGGUAGGGAACUCCUCAAGGACCGCUGUCUAUGACAAUGGCACCCUGGACAUCUUCAUCACCACAUCUCAGGACAGUGGUGCCUUCACCUGCAUUGCUGCCAAUGCUGCCGGAGAAGCCACAGCCAUGGUGGAGGUCUCCAUCGUCCAGCUGCCACACCUCAGCAAUAGCACCAGCCGCACUGCACCCCCCAAGUCCCGCCUCUCAGACAUCACUGGUUCCAGCAAGACCAGCCGGGGAGGUGGAGGCAGUGGGGGCGGAGAGCCUCCCAAAAGCCCCCCGGAACGGGCUGUGCUUGUGUCUGAAGUGACCACCACCUCAGCUCUGGUCAAGUGGUCUGUCAGCAAGUCAGCACCCCGGGUGAAGAUGUACCAGCUGCAGUACAACUGCUCUGACGAUGAGGUACUGAUUUACAGGAUGAUCCCAGCCUCCAACAAGGCCUUCGUGGUCAACAACUUGGUGUCUGGGACCGGCUACGACUUGUGUGUGCUGGCCAUGUGGGAUGACACAGCCACAACACUCACAGCCACCAAUAUCGUGGGCUGCGCCCAGUUCUUCACCAAGGCUGACUACCCGCAGUGCCAGUCCAUGCACAGCCAGAUACUGGGCGGCACCAUGAUCCUGGUCAUCGGGGGCAUCAUCGUGGCCACGCUGCUGGUCUUCAUCGUCAUCCUCAUGGUGCGCUACAAGGUCUGCAACCACGAGGCCCCCAGUAAGAUGGCAGCGGCCGUCAGCAAUGUGUACUCGCAGACCAAUGGCGCCCAGCCACCGCCUCCAAGCAGCGCGCCUGCCGGAGCCCCGCCUCAGGGCCCGCCCAAGGUGGUGGUGCGCAACGAGCUCCUGGACUUCACCGCCAGCCUGGCCCGCGCUAGUGACUCCUCUUCCUCCAGCUCCCUGGGCAGUGGGGAGGCCGCGGGGCUGGGACGGGCCCCCUGGAGGCUCCCACCCUCCGCCCCGCGCCCCAAGCCCAGCCUUGACCGCCUGAUGGGGGCCUUCGCCUCCCUGGACCUCAAGAGUCAGAGAAAGGAGGAGCUGCUGGACUCCAGGACUCCAGCCGGGAGAGGGGCUGGGACGUCAGCCAGGGGCCACCACUCGGACCGAGAGCCACUGCUGGGGCCGCCCGCGGCCCGGGCCAGGAGCCUGCUCCCCUUGCCCUUGGAGGGCAAGGCCAAACGCAGUCACUCCUUCGACAUGGGGGACUUUGCGGCUGCGGCGGCGGGAGGGGUAGUGCCCGGCGGCUACAGUCCCCCUCGGAGGGUCUCGAACAUCUGGACGAAGCGCAGCCUCUCUGUCAACGGCAUGCUCUUGCCCUUCGAGGAGAGUGACCUGGUGGGGGCCCGAGGGACUUUUGGCAGCUCCGAGUGGGUGAUGGAGAGCACGGUCUAGGUGGGGGUGGGCAUGCUCCCUUUCCUGCGCGCAGGGUGGGAGAAGAAGGGGAAAGAAUCUCACUGGCAAGUGUUUGUGGAGUUUCCAUGGUGAUGUUUACAUCCAGGGACGGUUUCCUCUCCCUGUCAAUGGCCUCGUGUCCCCCCCCCAACCCCCAACACCCAUAUCACCUCCCCACCACCCGGCCGGGGUGUGCUCAGGGAAUGCGGACUCGCUCAAAUACCGGACUGAGCCCUGAGUGUUUGGAAAGGCGAGACUCCGCCUUUCUAAUCACAAAUGUAGCCUACAAGCAAGCGGCUUUGGAUUGCUUAUGGGUCUAGUGUUGUUUUUAUUUCUUAAUUUAUUUUUUUCCAUUUCCCAGACUCCUCCUCUUCAUUCACACGGAUAAUCGAGAGUUAAUCGUACAUAUGAAUGCGUGUUCCCAGCAGCCCUGGUACUGGGUAAUUGUUGCCAAUUGACAAGAGGAGGGAAUUAUUCUGUUUCCACACUUGUUUGGGGGAAGACUGUGGGGUUCCCUGCCCAGAGCUCUCAUUACUCCCAACCACCCCCACACCCGACACUGGAAGGGGUGAGUGACUGACCCCUAAUACCUGACCUAGUUUCCUUUGCUUCUCAAUCAUGACAUGCCACACCUAUCACAGAAGUUUGAACCAGAAGAGUAACUUCCUGGGUUCUUAUGUGUGGGGAGGGAGGAGGGCUUCAUGUUGUAGGGCACAAGGGAUCUUAACUUCCGGAGUUGCUUUGGGCUUGUUGCCACUCUUUCUGGGAAGCUGGCAUGGAAAGUCCCCCUUGAGCAUGUGGCAGGCCAGGAGGGCUUCUCUUAAGGAAAGCAGUGUGGGUGGCAGAAAGAGCAGUGGACUUGGAGUCCAAAGCUCAUGUGUCCAUAGUCACAUGAAGAGCCUGCUGAGUAACUGGGGCAAGACCCUUUUAUCUGUUGGCACCUGAAUUUGCCACUUUGCAAAAAUACUGGGAUUGUAUUAGGUCUCCAGUCCCUUUCCAGUUCUAUGGGCCUAUUAAUUCUUCAUGACUCUAGAUGUUAGGCCUUUUCGCUUAGUGAUACCAGAAGCACAAGCUGGUUACAGCAGUCCCCGUUCUUUUUACUGGGCACAGAGAAUUCUAGAAGCCUUGGAGGGGGGAAGUUGAAUCUUUUUAGAAUAAUAGGCUUUUGAAGCUUGGGGAGGUCUUUGCAAUCAUCCCAUCUUUAACCCUCCCUCUCCCUUCCACAGAGCAUAAGGGAAUUGCCCAAGGUCACACAGUGAGUUCAUGACCAGGUCAGGGCAGGAGCCAAGGCCACCUGCCUCCUGGCAGUGGUGUUUGGGAUCCAUGACCCUGUUUUCACCCUGCCUAGGGCAUUUCUAUGUCCAAAGGAUGCCCCAUGUUUGUUCUUUAAGAAAGUGGCUCAAGGUGGGAUGAGGGGAUGCCUGCUCUUGGUUUCUUGAGGAGGGUCCAUCCUUGGAAAUUACAGGGUGGAAUGGGAGGGGUGCAUAGGCUCCUUUCCAUCUAGGGAUAACCCCUCCCUGCCAGACAGUGGCAAGAGAAGGGGAAGAGGAGAUGUGCCCCCAGAGAACCUGCUGUAGACAGAUUGGAAUGACCUUCCCCUGUAUCCCUGUCCGGUGUCUACUCAUCAGCAACUCACUACCUCUCCCUCAGUCUCUCCAACUCAUUCUUUCCUCUCCCAACUCCUUCCAUAGACCUCUAUUUUCCCUCUUUUGUUCUUCCUUCUUCCACUUGCCAUCCACACAGCCCACAAUGCAUACAGGCAAGA